AUGGUUUACAGUAAACCAAAUCCCACAAGCGGAGCCAUGAAGAGGUCUGCCUCGGCUCUCGAAGGACCCCCAGGAUGGGGCGAUGUUCCUCCAAUGAUGAGCUCCUCCCGCGCAUCCUUCCGUCCUCCUUACGCUCACUUUGCUAUGAUUUACCUCGAUCGUGAUGGCAAGCUUAAGGUUGAUGAAUCAUCUUCUAUUCAAGAGCAAAACACCACCGUCUUCACCCCGGAAGUCCGCCAGAACUUCCUCGAGAUUCUAGGCGAACGUAUCGGCUACCAUGCCCCUGCUCGCCAAACCAUGGACACAUCUCCUCGUCGAGUGAGACGCCGCAAGGGCAACGCUCCUUCUCUUUCCGCCUAUGACGAUCGCCUGACCGAGCAAGACUCUGAUAGCGAAGAGUUUGCGAACGGGUCCACUGAAAUGGUUCCUCUCCGCAUCGGAGACGCCCAGAAGGUUAUGGGCUAUUAUGAAGGUGCCCUAAAACACUUCCAACAACUUAACUGCCGCAUGGUUGCCAAGGCAUUCAUCAAGUUCAUCGAGCCUCGCAAGCAGGUCCGACACCCUUACAACGGUGGCAAGGCUCCACCAGGAUCCGCACCCGGUACUACCGGUGACCCAGAAAAGACGAAGCCUGAGUGGUGGCCUCCCGGUGUUAUGCACAAGGAGCCUGACCACUUGAGAAAAGAGUACCGCAUUGAGCUCUUGCUUCACAUUAUCCGCAAGCUCGGUGCUUACGGUAUUACUGCCGAUAAGCUCAAAGAUGUUGCUGGCGACACUAAGCGGAGCUUAAAGCACGCAUCCCAUGUCGAGAUCAUCUACGAGAUCCUCCGGGUUCGCAAGAUGGAAGAGCGCUUCGAACGAGGUGAAGUUGAUGCCAAUAUGGUCGUCUACACCAUGAACCGCGGCCCUAGCCCUAAGGGCGAUGAAGAAGACGAUUCCACCGCCUCAGUGACCAUUGAGGAGCCCGAGCACAUCAGCCAAGGAUUAAUGACCCCCAUCUCAUCAUUCGAGCAAGCAUCUACCUCAUUAACCACAUCCAUCGAUAACAUACCAUCAGCUCGCUCCCUCCCAGGCAGCUUCUCCAUGGCGGAGCCUCUCAACUUCGAAAACCCCACCCGCCAGGACCGCCCCUACUACACCACACCUCCCCAAUACACCGAGUCAUUCUCGCAGCCCAUGCUCAGCGCUCCCGUAACGGCAGAGAUGAUCAGCCCUCACGACGUCUCAGUUUCAUCCUUUGACUACUCCGCUCACAACACCUUCUCAAACUCCACACCCGAUCACUCACGAGCGGGUCACUACGACACCUGGGCCCCGUCUUUCCGCCAGAACAUCUUCACACCUGUCGAUUACCCUACACCGGUAUCUAGCCAGGGUAUGACCCAGUCUACAAUGGCCUACCAGAUGCCUAUGGUAUCGCACAUGCAUGACAUGUCUCAUCACCAUGUCCAACAGUCCCACAUGGACUCCCUCCACCAACGAUCCCUGCCUUUCCGCACGGGAUCGCUGGGCCACCCAAACCCUAAUGGGUUGCCUCUCUCCCACACUGUCUAA